GGUUAACGUCUGAUUAUCUUGGACUAUUACGUGUAUCUUAUGCCCCCUCCAUUAAUGUUACGCGGUUGGCUUCAUAUUUUAUUUUAAUUAACGUCGCUUCGUUCACUUGGUUGGAGUGUAAACUUGUUUCUGCUGCCUUAUAGAAAUACCUUCAGUUGACCUACAUUGAUUUAAUCAUGACGAUCGACUUCUAUUACGUUCCUGGAUCGGCACCAUGCAGGGCCGUACUACUUGCCGCCAAAGCGCUUGGAGUUGAUCUGAACCUAAAGUUGACCAACUUACAGGCCGGAGAACAUCUCACUCCUGAGUUCAUUAAGAUCAACCCACAACACACUGUGCCCACGAUCGUCGACAAUGGCUUCUCUUUGUGGGAAAGUCGCGCCAUAAUGACGUACUUGGCCAACGCUUAUGCCAAAAAUGAUUCACUUUAUCCAAAGGAACCGAAAGCGCGCGCUCAGGUUGACCAAAAACUCUACUUCGACAUCGGCACUUUGUAUGCCAGAUUUGCCGAUUAUUACUAUCCGGUGGUAUUUGGUGGAGCCUCUUACGAUCCAGCCAAAUUAGACCAAAUCAAUAACGCGAUGAAGUUCCUGGAUCAGUUCCUGGAAGGCCAAGAAUUCGCUGCCGGCAAUAAUCUGACUUUGGCCGAUUUGACUCUGGUGGCCACCGUUUCCACGUACGAUGUUAUGGAAUACGACUUGAGUCCUUACAAGAACAUUACUAGAUGGUAUGCUAAAGUGAAAUCCACCGCUCCGGGUUACAAAGAAGCCAACGAAGAGGGCUGCGUCGCCUUCAAACAACUUGUAGACACCCUGACCAAGAAAUAAACCAAAAUAUGUUCUUUUUUUCCACAUACGUUUCAUAAUUCACUUUGAACUAAGAGUUUUUGUAAAAGAAAAAAUAUAUUUAUAUAUUAAUAUCUGUCAGUAUUAACAGAAAUAAAUGUUAAAUAUCUUA